GUCGGCAGGGUCGAAGCCCUGCUUUCACCGGAUCUAUCACGCUUGUCCUACUAAGAAACUGCGACGCACAGAAAUGUACCUCCAAAGUCCCUUCGAACCUUGCCCGGAACCACCGAUUCAGAACUAUCACGACUUUCAGUUCGGAUUGCCCAACGUUGUGGCUACGAAGGACUAUACUGUGUUCAUAGACGCCUUCACGAACGAGCGCAGGACAUUGAGAGAGUUUCAGGCGAGGGUUUCAGAUGCUGCGACGGCUCUGGCAGCGUUAGGGCUGGAGGGGGAGAAGGGAGAUGUGGUCGGGAUUCUGAGCGAGAAUAACAUGGAAUUCCCCACACUUGUUCACGCCUUGAUUAAAGUCGCAGUCCCGAUGGCUCUUGUGCCUUCAUUCUCUACGCCCUCAGAAACCACGGCUCUGAUGAAGCUUGCGAGGGUGACACAGCUGUUCGUUAGUCCGAAGAAGCUCCCUAUGGCAAGAGAAGCUGCGAGGAAGAUUGGGCUCCCGGACGAGAAGAUCUAUAUUCUUCAAGGGAAGGUCGAAGGACGACGAAGUUUGGCCGAUAUGAUAAAUGAUGUCAGAGCGAACGGGACCCUUCGUGUGGCGUCGCGUCCGGUGAAGAAGGAUACACUUGCGUAUUUGAUCUUCUCGAGUGGGACGUCUGGGCUUCCAAAAGCCGUAAUGCUUUCACACCGAAACCUUUGCUGCUCACUAUUGCAGUCCAUUCAACUCGCUAAGGAAGUGGCGAAAUACGGCACCACUCAACCGUCAACAGCAGAUGCACCCGCCGUCAGCAUCGCGUUCCUUCCCAUGUAUCAUGCCAUGUGUCUCCAUAAUGUUAUCUUCCGUGGCCUAAUAUCGCCUACCACGUUCAUCAUAAUGCCGAGAUGGGACAUUAACGCCGUCCUAGAGCUUGUUCCGAGGUAUAAAGUGACGGCACUUGCCAUGGUUCCUUCCAUUGUCCACCAACUAGUCCAUCACCCAAAGAUCCGCCAGACGGAUCUCUCAAGCUUGACGUACCUCGGGGGCGGCGCUGCAUAUCUAUCUUGGGAGCUCAGACAGACGAUGCUCAAAUACGCCGGAAAAGUUCCUUAUUGGGCUGAAGGCUAUGGGAUGUCAGAAUGCUCUGUCUCAGCAAUGUGGGUCCCCCCACCGGGUAUCUUCGGCGGCCCCAAACCCGGCAUGACCGGCGUCCUCCUCGCAAACCAAGAAGCCCGCAUCGUCCGAGAAGACAUGUCGGAAUGCGACUGGAACGAGCCAGGCGAGCUGUUAUUGAGGGGUGGAAACGUCGCCAUGGGAUACUGGGAUAAUCCGAAGGCUACGAAGGAGACGUUCAUUGAGGGUGGGUGGUUGAGGACUGGGGAUAGGUUCUUGGCGAAGGAGGACGGGGGCCUUUAUUAUGUUGACCGGAUUAAGGACACCCUCAAGAUAUCUGGUAUCCAAGUCUCCCCUACAGAAAUCGAAGACACCCUCUUAUCGCACCCGUCCCAACCUCCCCUGAUUUCUGAUGUCGUCGUGGCGGGCGUCAUGCCCCUCAAUUCCCGACUCUCGGACGAACCGGUUCCCCGUGCGUGGGUCGUGCUCACUGAGGAGGGACGGAAGAUAGGGGCAGAGGAAGUGGUCAGGAAGCUGGAUGCGUGGCAUAAAGAGGCAUUGAGUAAGUAUAAGUGGUUGAGGGGUGGAUUUGGGAUAGUCGAUCAGAUUCCAAAGUCACCCACGGGGAAGGUCCUUCGGCGGCACCUACAAGAGGAGUAUAAGAGAUCGCUGCCUGCUCAGGCAAAGCUGUGAUCCUCGAUUCGUAUAUGCUCACAGCGUUUAUUGUCUAAUCACCAUACUUCAGCCUACCCACCAAUUCAUCAUCUCGUCCGCUUCAGGUUCCACAUCCAGCGCCACAGAACAUUGUGGCCGACACCUAUCUCUCAUGAUUCGAAAUGACUCUCGUGCUCGUGCUUUAUGUAUGUAUUAUACAAUGGCUCUGUAUGAUAUCUGUGUAUUUGGAUGACCUUCGGCUCCGU